AAUCAGAGAGCUGCUACAGCCUCGCUCGCCCGUUGGAGCUAGCAUAAGUAGUUCGGGUUGAGCAGUGAACACAUUCUGUCUUCGGAUAUAUUUUCUUUUUUCAGAGGACCUCAUGGUGACCUCCAGCAGAGUGGAUCCUCUUCAUCACCAUGGCCUUCACUGAGGAGCAGCCUGAGAAACAUUGCUGGGUGUGCUUCGCCACUGAGAAGGACGACCUCACUGCAGAGUGGGUGAGCCCCUGCAGGUGUAAAGGCUGCACCAAGUGGAUCCAUCAGUCCUGUCUGCAGCGCUGGCUGGACGAGAAGCAGAAAGGGAACGGUGGAGGAGCCGUCAGCUGUCCACAAUGUGGCACCGAAUACCACAUCACCUUUCCUAAGAUGGGCCCGGUGGUGUACUUCCUGCAGCAAGUGGACCGAGUGCUCUCUCGGAUCAGCCCCUUCGCUGCUGUUGGGGUGGUGGUCGGGACCGUCUACUGGUCGGCCGUAACGUACGGAGCCGUGACCGUCAUGCAGGUUGUGGGACACAAGAAAGGUCUGAUGGUGAUGGAGCGAGCCGACCCUCUGUUCCUGCUGAUGGGGCUGCCCACCAUCCCCGUGUUGCUGGUGCUGGGCAAGAUGAUCCGGUGGGACGACUAUCUGGUGAGGCUGCUGCAGAGGUACUGCUCUAAGGGGAAGCUCCCACCAGGUACUAGUCGCUACCUGUCCAGGGUCCCUGCUGACGGUCUCGGGGCAGGAGACCACCUCUCCGUGUCCAGGACUCUGUGUGGAGCUCUCAUCUUUCCCUCCAUCGCCAGUCUGGUGGGACGGCUGUUGUUCAGACGGAUGCCCUCUAAUCUUCAGCGCACUAUGCUGGGCGGCGUGGCGUUCGUGUUGAUGAAGGGCGUGCUGAAGGUGUAUUUCAAACAGCAGCAGUGCAUCAUUCAGGCCAGCCGGAACAUUCUCAACUUCCCCGAGAGGAGCGGAGAAGGACAGAACCAAGGUGGAGACGAGGACACAGAGGACAGUGGAAAUGAAUGAUGGAGGCCAGAGAUGAGGCAACAAAAGACACAUGUCUAAAGACACACCCUAACCCUAUAUUCCAGAGAUUUGGGCCGAAGCAUACCGGGAGUCGCACCCCUAACCCCUUCGAGCCCUUAGUCCUUCAUCCUGUGUACUCUGUGAGAGUUGAUCCUAUUCUGAGAGCACAAGUUCUCCUUCCUUGUGAGGCUUCCAGCUCAAUAUAUUUCACAAUUAAACACAACGUCCUUUUGUGGAGGAGGGGAAGAGUUUGUGUGUCUGUUCAAAAGAAGUACCAACAGCACCACCCUCUCAAUGAAGAUGGUCCAUCUCAAGGACCCUCUUACUCUGUGUGAAACAAGACAUGUCAGCCUCCACCACGAGUACUAACCCUGGAGGACAUGUUUGUCAACCUUAAAUUCUAAAGAUAAGGCCACAAAUCAUAUUGUAUAAUUAUCUUUUACUGUGGUACCUAAAUACAGAACUAUAACUCUUAACUGAACUGUGCAUUAUUGGAAAUCUGUAAUCAGCUCAGGUGUUUAACCAAAAAGAUUCAGUGCACCAGUCAGCUGUCUGCAGCUAUCCAGUUUCCUUACAUGUCUAAAGAUGGAAGGAGAUCAAAGGACGGCUCUUAAGACGUGAGCAUGUGUAGAACAAAGGCUUUAGACAGUUAAACUCAAAGGACAGACCAUUAUUAUCCAUUGGUUCUAAAUACAUCACUUCUCUAUCAGCCAAAAGAAAAGCUGGUUCCACCAGACAGCGUUCUGAACCACUAAUCCACAAUAAAGUGAAUACAUACUGUGGGAUCUGUGCUUGUAUGCGCUCCUUAUGCUUACUCAGUUUUACUGCACUAGUUUGAAUUUGCAGAAACAUGGAGUAAAGAAAUGUUCUGUACACCUAUUUUAGAGUCUGGUGUCUUUUGAAGUGCACACAUGAUGUUCAGACCCCGUCAGAAAGGCUCACAUAAUUUAAAUGGAGCAUACACUGAAACAGAUGUGAUGAUUUGUUUACCUACAUAUCAUUUACCCUCUCACACACAUUCUCACAGCUCUCCUGAUCAAUUAUGGGUUCAGUAUCUCAAAGACACUCAACAUGCUGAUCUUCCCCUCACUUCUAACUUGUUUUCAAUAUUUGGGCUUUAAUGUCCUGACUUUCAGCAGAGUUCUUUGUUUAUUGAAGUGUGGUGCUGCUUCUUACUAACACAAUCAGUGGAGCUGCUGUACUAUGAACUUUGAUCCCAAUGCUCAACUGAAUGCAAUGUGUUGUAAUAUUCACACAGCAGAGUUUGAUUUCAUAGUUUUACUGUACAUGAGUCACUGGUGUUGAUUGGGUGAUUGAUUGUUUGCACUUCCUCUUGUGGAAUACAUUCAGUAAAAAUAAAAAGGUUGAGUUUCAUUA